UGCGCUCUUGACAAACCACCUUUCCCGAGCGGCAGCAGAAACAUACACCGGCCGGAGGUCGCAUCGCCAAAGCAACCAUGAAGCUCUUCGUCGCUGUCGCCCUCAUCUCCCUGGGCAUCCACGCUGAGGCUUUCGGCCUUUUCCGCUCUGGUCUCUACGGCUCUGGCUUCGGCGGUCUCUAUGGCGGAGGCUUCGGCUCUGGCCUCUACGGAGGUGGCCUUCUCGGCUCUGGCCUCUACGGCGGCGGUCUAGGCUAUGGUCUUUCUGGCCUCUACGGCGGAGGUUUUGGCUCUGGUCUUUCUGGCCUCUACGGCGGUGGCCUCCUGGGCUCUGGUCUUUCUGGCCUUUACGGCGGUGGACUGCUGGGCUCUGGUCUUUCUGGCCUUUACGGCGGUGGACUGGGCAGCACUCGUCUGCUCGGUCUGGGCGGUCUGAGUGGUUUCGGCUACCCUGGUCUCUUUGGUUCCAGCUACGGAGGAUUGCUCGGAGGCCUCGGCAGCCCACUUGGAGGUCUCAGCUCCAUCGGUAGCUUCGGCUUUGGAAGCCCACUCAGCGGAUUUGGCAGCUUUGGAAGCCCCUUCGGAGGCUUCGGCUCAUUUUCUGCUGGACUUGGAGCCCCCAGGAAAUUUCCCGGCGACCUCCGCCUCAUCACUGAGCCCACCUCCCGCCUUCCCCUUUCCGAGGGUGUCUACAUUGGUGUAGUGCGCCAGCGCCUGGUGCCGGCCCCCUACCCAGUCCCACGUCCAGUCCCAGUUCCACGCCCAGUCCCGGUCCCACAGCCAUUCCCAGUUGACGUGCCAGUCCCACAACCAUUCCCAGUCCCAGUGCCGAAACCAGAACCAAUCCACACCGUCACUGAAGUGACCAACACCGCAGUCAUCGAGCCCGUCACAACCGCAGUGGUACACCAGCGCGCACCCGAAAUCACCAACCAAGUCCUUUGGAGAGCACCUUACUCCGGCGACAGACAAACACAUCCCUGCAGGAGGUCGCCUAACUGCGGAAACAUGAAGCUCUUCAGUGCUGUCGCACUCCUAUCCUUCGCCAUUCCAGCUUGCCUUGGUGCCGGCAUCAAGUCAGUCGUCACAGGCGGCGCUGCCCUUCCCGGAACAGUACGCGCUGCUACAUUGAGUUCUCUGCCCGCAGUCACUACACUCACCGGUGGCCUGACUGGUGUCGGCUCCAGCCCGAGUGUGGUCAGUUCCGUGGUCGGCCCCUCUUCGAUCGGCGGAGGCCUCACAGGUGGACUCACCGGCGGGUCCUUCGGCAGCUGGCCCGGAUCCUUUGGCGGAGUUUUGGGCGGUCUCUCUGGUUCUUACCCUGGAUACCUCGGUGGGCUCGGUGGUAGCUACUGGGGAGGCUACCCGGGCUCUCUCGGUGGUUCUCUUGGCGGUUACUUUGGCUCUUACCCUGGCUUCGUUGGUGGAUUCGGCCGCGGAAUCUACGGAAGCUGGCCCGGAUACUUCGGUGGAUCUCUGGGUGGUUUAUACGGAUCCUACCCCGGCAGCUUUGGUGGAUCUCUGACUAGACUCUACGGCUCCUACCCAGGCAGCUUCGGCGGAUCUCUAGGCGGUCUCUUCGGAUCCUACCCCGGCAGCUUCGGCGGAUCUCUAGGCGGUCUCUACGGUUCCUACCCCGGCAUCUACGGUGGAUCUCUCGGCGGUCUGUUCGGCUCCUACCCCGGCCGCUUCGGAGGAUCUCUGGGUGGCCUCUUCGGAUCCUACCCCGGCAGCUUCGGCGGAUCUCUGGGUGGCCUCUUCGGAUCCUACCCCGGCAGCUUCGGCGGAUCUCUGGGUGGCCUCUUCGGUUCCUACCCCGGCCGCUUCGGCGGAUCUCUGGGUGGCCUCUUUGGAUCCUACCCCAGCAGCUUCGGUGGAUCUCUGGGUGGCCUCUUCGGAUCCUACCCUGGCAGCUUCGGCGGAUCUCUGGGUGGCCUCUACGGAUCCUACCCCGGUAGCUUCGGCGGAUCUCUGGGUGGUCUCUACGGAUCCUACCCCGGAAUCUAUGGUGGAUCCCUAGGUGGCCUUUAUGGUUCCUACCCCGGAAGCUAUGGUGGAUCUUUCGGUGGAAUGUUCGGAUCUUCCCCCGGCCUUGGCUAUGGUAGUGUUGCCAGCCUCUUCGGAAGAGGAGCCUAUCCUUCUUUCUAUGGAGCUACCUCACUGAACCUCCUGGGUCCCCGUUCGUUUGGCAUCUUCGGUCGAUUCCCACCACCACCCGGUCUUGGAGCCGCGGAGCGCAGGGGACAGUUCCUACCACACCCCGUUGACAUCCGCACAACCUCUGACCCCCUAACUGGCCACCCCAUGGUCCAAGCUGUCUACUAUGGCCUCCUGCGCGAACGCAUCGUGCCUGUGCCAGUCCCGGUUCCACAGGACGUCCCGUACCCAGUACCAUACCCAGUCCCACAGCCAUACCCAGUCCAACGGCCAAUUCCUCAACCAGUCCCAUACCCUGUUGCGCAGCCAGUGCCAGUCCACACAAACACCGAAGUGCACAAGACCGACGUCGUGGCCAAGACCGAGCGCGGCCCAGUUCUCGUCGACCAGGCCAUCACUGACGUCCGAUCAAACCGAGUCAACUAA